CGAGAGGUUCAUAUCGCUUGACCGAAGGGAAAAGACCAAGUCCAAGCAGCUCUAAUGGUCCUCGGCAAGUUCAUCCGUCACUACCUGGACCGUGAGCCCAUGGUGGUGGUCUCCUGUGCCAUUGGUGCCGUCGGUGUGACUCUCCCGCUGGUCGUGGUGCCCAUUCGACGAUCCAUGGGCCUCCCCACGGACCAGUACGACGGCCCCAUCAUCCCGGACUACAUCAAGAAGUCGCGCGGCCACCUGGCGACGCCCGAGCCCGUCAAGGAAGCGUAAAUUCAAGACCCAAGUUGCACCUGUCAAUAAAAAAAAUCAAGACGAUCGACGAAUUGUCUAUCAAAGUUUUUUAUGACAGGUAAUAUAUUCAUUGCGAAAGAACUCGUAUACGAAUAUUUCUCCGGUCAA